CUGCCGGCGGGCCCGCGAACUGUCCGACAUCGACCCCAAAUACGUCUCGCAGAGCGGGCUGUGCCUGUCGUCGGACAUGGAGACGUCCCGCGGCAGCAUCCGGAUCCAGCACCUGACCGGCACGCGGCCUCCGGUCGGCGAACCGCGCUUCCCCAAGCUGGAGGAGUGCGCCCACUUCCACUACGAGGUCGUCGAGCUGGGUCCGCUUCUGGUGCAGCUGUACGACGAGGAGCUCAAGUCGGUGUCGCACGCGUCGGACGAGGAGGCGGCCAGCUACCUCUCCCUCCAGGUGACGUCGUUCGGCCGCUCGUGGGUGCUGCGCCGCAGCUAUGACAACCUGCGGCUGCUCGACUCGCAGCUGCACAAGUGCAUCUACGACCGCAAGUACUCGUGCCUGCCGGAGCUGCCGCUGGAGGAGAACCUGGAGCCGCUCGAUGACAGCCUCGAGGAGGCGGUGGAGGCGCUGGUGGCCGACUACCUGCACCGGUUCUCGCAAAUCGCCGGGCCGCUCAUCAACUGCGCGCCGAUCCUCAACUGGUUCGAGCUCGACAACCGCGGCAACCGGCUGCUGGUGGCCGACGACUCGGACAUCAACACGCCGGCCGUGGCCGCCGCGCUGGUCGGCAAACGCUACGUGGCGCAGGCCAGCGACGAGAUCAGCCUGGAGGUGGGCGACAUGAUCUCCGUGAUCGACAUGGCGCCGCCGGACGAGUCGGUGUGGUGGCGCGGCAAGCGCGGCUUCGAGGUCGGCUUCUUCCCGUGCGAGUGCGUCCAGCUGAUCGACGAGAAGGUGCCGCACCAGCUGGCGUUGCCCGUGCGGCCGCGGCGCGCCGCCACCCUGCAGCCCAGCCGGCCCGUGCUCCGAAAGCACGGCAAGCUGAUCGCCUUCUUCAGGAGCUUCAUCCAGACGCGGCCGUCGCGGCGGAAGCUGAAGCAGUCGGGCAUCCUGAAGGAGCGCGUGUUCGGCUGCGACCUCGGCGAGCACCUGAUGAACACCGGCCGCGACAUUCCGGUGGUGUUGCGCAGCUGCGCCGAGUUCAUCGAGUCGCACGGCAUCGUCGACGGCAUCUACCGCCUGUCGGGCGUCAACUCCAACAUCCAGCGGCUGAGGAACACGUUCGACGAGGACCGGGUGCCGGACCUGACGGAGCCCAGCGUGCGCCAGGACAUCCACAGCGUCUCCUGCCUGCUGAAGCAGUACCUGCGCGAGCUGCCCAACCCGCUGCUCACCUACCAGCUGUACGACAAGUUCGUGGCCGCCGUCCAGAGCAGCGACGACCAGCGGCUGCUGCGCAUGCGCGACGUGGUCCAGCAGCUGCCGCCGCCCCACUACAGGACGCUGGAGUACCUGAUCCGACACCUGUCGCGGGUGUCGGCGCACGGCCACAGCACCGGCAUGACGCCCAAAAACCUGGCCAUCGUCUGGGCGCCCAACCUGGUGCGCAGCAAGGAGCUGGAGGUGGGCGGCGUGGCGGCGCUACAGGGCGUCGGCAUCCAGGCGGUGGUGGUGGAGUACCUGAUCCGCUACUGCGAGCUCAUCUUCAGCGACAAGCUGCCGGCGUUCUGCCCGGACAUGGCGCCGCAGACGCGCACGCCGAAGCGCUCGCGGCCCAAGUCGCUGGCCAUCUCCACCCCGACCAAGCUGCUCAGCCUGGAGGAGGCCCGCUCGCGCGCCCUCGGCGUCUCCGCCAAGGCUGACCAGAAAUACAUCGAAGUCGGCGGCGGCCCGGCCACGCUACCCACCAAGUACCACACGGUGAUCGAGCUGCCGGCGCGCAAGAGCGGCUCGCUCAAGUUCCGCCGCUCGCCGCUGGGGUGGCGCUCCCUGUUCCGCGGCCGGCCGGCCAAGCCGCACCUGCGCAAGGGCUCGGAGCCCAUCGACAUCGCUCUGACGGACAAGACCCUGACCGAGUCGGACCUGACCCAGAGUCGGGUGCGGACGCGCCGCCUGCGCUCCGUCAAGUCGGCCGACUCGCUCGUCUCCAUGUGCCACGCUGAGAACAAGCGCGGCUCCAUGAUGAUGGACCCGAGCCCGAGCCCAGCCACGCUGCCGGCGUCGGCGCCGCCGGCCGAGGCGGCCCGCUCCGCCUCCGAGUCGGACACGCCCGACACGGACCCGGCCGUGCGCGCGCACGCCCGCUCCGUCUCGCACGACUCCUACUUCAACAACCUGCUGGAGCUGAAGCUGCCCUUCUGCGACGACCGGCUGGAGGAGGAGGACGAGGAGCUGCAGACGCAGUACUGCUUUGACGACAGCGACAUGCGCGUCUUCAGCGAGGACGAGACGAUGCGCGCCACCGACUCGGCCGGCUGGCGCGGUCGCAUCCGCCAGCUGACGUCGCCGCCGCGCGUGCGGCGCGCCGCGCGGGGCGCCGAUGAGGGCGGCGUGAAGCGCACGGCGCCCGGCUCGUUCCGCGAGAAGGUGCUAUCGGCGCUGAGCCCGGGCGCGCGGCGCCGGGCCGAGGAGGCGGCCGCCGCUGAGCCAGGCCUCUCGCCGCGCGUCAAGGUGCGCAAGAAGGCGUCGGUCGAGACGCUGACGGGCUCCGAGUCGACCAGCGUGGACGUGUCGUCGCUGCGGACGGACGGCUCGGGCGCGGCGACGCUCUCGGCGGACAGCGCGCCGGCGCCGGCGCCCGCCCCCGCCCCGGCGCCGGCGCCACCGCAGCCGCCGCCGCAGCCGCCGGCCGGCCGCCAGGUGGUGGCGGAGGUGCACGUGUCGCCGGAGCCGAGUACGUGCCAGGACAUCAUCCUGCUGAGUCCGAUCAGCGAGUGCACGGCAUCGAGCGCCGAACACUACGGUCGGCCGUCGGCCGGCGACGCCGUCGCCGACGACGAGGUGACCGAGUGUGACGUGUCCGAGAUCCAGGACUCUGACGGCGAGCUGGCGCCGCCGGCCGCCGGCGCGUCCAACCGCAUCUCCACGCUGGUGCCCGAGGCGCUGGAGCUGCUCGACCGCCGGCUCAACUCGGAGAGCUUCCGCCGCGCCGUGGCGGCCGACGCGGCGCGCACGCCCGACGACGCCGACGAGGCGGGCGCGUACGAGAACGUGACGCCGGCGGCGGACGGGCCGUGCGACCCGCUGCCGGAGCUCGAGUACGAGCCGGUGGAGUUCGCGGCGGGGGUGGCGGCGGGCGCCGAGCGCGACGCGGAGCUGUACGAGAACGAGGCGUUUGGCGGCGUGGCGGAGCGGACGCCGGAGCCCGGGCUCGCCGCGGACGAGAACGGCGACGAGCGCGUGUACGAGAACGUCGAGCCGGCGGCGGUCGGCGACGCCGUGUACCAGCAGGUGCGCGUGUUCCGGCACUCGCUGGAGGAGGUGAACGCGCUGGUGGGCGCCGCGCCGCCGACGCCGACGCCGCUGGACCCGCCGCCGCCGGCGAUGCCGUCGGUGCGUCGUUCGUUCAUCGAGUGUCCGGCGCAGGCAGCGGGCAGCGGCGGCUCGCCGACGCGCUCCUGUCCGACCUUCUCGGACGGCGGCAGCACGCCCAGCCCGACGGACGUGCGCUACAGCCAGCUGAGCUCGGCGGCGAGCUCGCCCGAGCGGCUCCCCGCCUCGGCCGACAUCACCACGGCCGCCACGUGCUCGGACACGCUCGACGAGCGGCCGCUGCCGUCCGAGCCGCCGUCGCGGCCGAAGGCAGCCGAGCGGUGUCGAGACGCCGCCGCCGGCCGCGAGAUGGGCGAGAUGACCGCCGCCGCGCGGCCGGUGCUUGCCAGCGCGUCGUCCGUUGCCGACGAUGGCGUGGCGGGCGCCACCACGCCGCCCUCUGUCGGGAGCACGCCGGAGGACGAGCAGAGGCUCAGCGACCGGCGCGCCAGCGUCAAGCAGCUGCUCUCCAAGUUUGAGGUCAAGGAGGAGGAGGAGCAGUCGCAGGCGACGGUGGUGGAGGGGCGACUGGUGCUCGGGCUGGACCCGACCGCGCGGGAGAGAAUUGAGCGCUACAAGCAGGAGCGCCGAAGUCUGCUCAGGGAGAAAUACAAGACGGAGAGCUUCAAGCGCGAGAAGACCGAGGCCGCCGACCCCGGCAAGAUUCGCAACAUCGCCGCCAAGUUCGAGGAGACGGCCGAGGGCGCGCGCAAGACCAACUACGUGUCGACCGUGUAG